GUCCAUCAGCGCGGGCCCAGCGCGGCUCCCCGAGCGCGGCGGGAGCAGCAGCGGCGGCGGCGGCGGCGGCCGCGAGUCCCCCCCGGCGGCGGCGGCGAGGAGGGGCCGCCCGCCCGCCGCCACACAAGGAGCCGCGGGCGCUGCGCUAUGGGCAGGAGGAGCCGGCGGGCAGCCGACAGCUCGUCCUCGGCAGACGAGGAGGAAUAUGUGGUGGAGAAGGUGCUGGAUCGGCGCGUGGUGAGGGGCCAGGCCGAGUACCUGCUCAAGUGGAAGGGCUUCUCCGAGGAACACAACACGUGGGAGCCCGAGAAGAACCUGGACUGCCCCGAGCUGAUCUCGCAGUUCCUGCGCAAGGACCGCAGGAUGAGGGACGGGGACAGCGGGACACGGCCCCGGGAGCGCCCCGAGGGCGCCAAGAGGAAGGGGCUGCCCGGGAACGGCAACGGCAGCGACGACGGCAGGGCCAAGAAAAAGAGGGAGAGCAACGACAUCGCCCGCGGCUUCGAGCGGGGCCUGGAGCCCGAGAAGAUCAUCGGGGCCACCGACUCCUGCGGGGACCUCAUGUUCCUCAUGAAGUGGAAGGACACGGACGAGGCCGACCUGGUGCUGGCCAAGGAGGCCAAUCUCAAGUGUCCCCAAAUCGUCAUCGCCUUCUACGAGGAGCGGCUGACGUGGCACGCCUACCCCGAGGAGCCCGAGGGCAAGGAGAGGGACCCCCGCAGCUAAACCCCCCAACACUGUACAUAGCCCCCCAAACCCCACCC